AUGACCCAAAGGAUAGUUUGGCAGGACAUAACAAGUCUUAAACCUCCUCCUCAUCGCUGGUACAACCUUCUCAAAGUCAAACUCGACACUGGGACUCUCAGCCCCCUGUUAAAUCUCUGGAUCGACAUCAACAUGGGGUUGAGCAACCUCCUCUACGGUCCUAAUUCGACCCUUGUAGCCACCUUGGCUACCGGACGAUCACACAGAGGCCCUCUACGAACUGUUGCUAGUGUAUCUGCUAACCUUAAUUCGGUACCGGUCCUUAAUGGUAAUAACUUUAAGGACUGGAAGGAGAACAUUUUUAUUGUUCUUGGCUGCAUGGGUCAUGACCUUGCAUUAAGGAUGGAUCGUCCUACUCCUCUUACGGAUACUAGUACCUUCGAGCAAAGGAGGAUAUAUGAGAAGUGGGACCGUUCAAACCGCAUGAGUCUUAUGAUCAUUAAGCGCGGCAUACCUGAGGCUUUUAGGGGUGCGGUGUCCGAGGAGGUCACCGAUGCCACAACUUUCCUUGCUGAAAUUGAGAAGCGCUUUGCAAAAAGCGAUAAGGCGGAAACAAUGCUUAUCUCUCUUCCUCCACAAUUCAGUCAAUUCAAGGUCAGUUACAACUGCCAAAGGGAGAAAUGGACUCUUAAUGAGCUCAUUUCAUUUUGUGUUCAAGAGGAAGAAAGACUGAAGCAAGAGAAGACUGAAAGACACAUGAAGAAGGAAUGUGCUAAGUACAUUGCAUGGCGAGCAAAGAAAGGUACAUUUCUUACUUUGGUCUGUUCUGAGGUAAAUUUAGCUUCAGUACCAGGAAACACUUGGUGGUUAGAUUCCGGUGCUACCACUAACAUUAGUGUUUCUAUGCAUGGUUGCCUGAGUUACCGAAAGCCAAAUGAUGCUGAAAGAAGCAUUUAUGUGGGAGAUGGCAAGUCGGUAAAUGUGGAAGCAAUAGGGAAUUUUAGGUUGUUAUUAAGUACUGGUUACUAUUUGGACUUGAUAGAUACUUUUGUUGUACCGUCAUUUAGGCAGAAUUUGGUUUCUGUUUCUUGUUUGGACAAAUUGGGUUAUUGUUGUUCAUUUGGAAACAAUUAUUUCAGUUUAUCUAUUAAUUCAAAUACUGUUGGAACUGGUUCUCUUAUGGUUUAUGACAACUUAUAUUUACUUGACACCGUUGCUUCUUAUAAUGAAACCUUGAAUGUUGAAUCACGUGGUACUAAGCGUAAAAUGGAAAAUGAAAAAUCAAGUUCCUUAUGGCACAAACAGUUAGGUCACAUCUCUAGAAAUAGAGUUGAGCAACUUGUGUCUGAUGGAAUUUUAGAUUCAAUUGAUUUUUCAGACUUUGAUGUUUGCAUUGAAUGCAUCAAAGGCAAACAGACCAAAACAAAGAAAUUGGAUGAUUACUCAAGAUAUGCGUACCUAUUUGUACUUCAUGAAAAGUCUCAAGUCUUGGAUGUGUUCAAAUCUUUUAAGGCUAAAGUUGAGAAUCAACAUAGCAAAAGAAUAAAGCAAUUCAGGUCUGACCGUGGUGGUGAGUACUAUGGCAGAUAUGACGGAUCAGGUGAACAACGUCCAGGACCUUUUUCCAGAUAUCUAGAGGAGUGUGGAAUCGUCCCACAGUACACUAUGCCAGGAUCUCCUAGCAUGAAUGGUGUUGCUGAAAGACGAAACCGUACUCUUAAAGAUAUGGUAAGGAGUAUGCUUAGUCAUUCAACCUUACCAGAAUCACUCUGGGGAGAGGCACUUAAGACAGCAGCCUACAUUUUGAAUAGGGUACCAACUAAAGCAGCUGCAAAAACACCUUAUGAGCUUUGGACAGGGGGUUUCAAGUUGUAUGAUCCCAAAGUAAAGAAUAUAUUUGAAACGGGAACUGCAAAGUUCUUUGAGGAUAUUGAGUUUGGGGGGAGAAAUACGGUUAAAGACUUUGUUUUUGAGGAGGAUUUAGAAUCAACAACUUCUCUUGAAGAUGAGUUGAUUCCUAUUCCAAUAGUUGCUUUUGACAAUGUUCAGGAUUCCAAUCCUAAUAUUGAUCAAGUUUUAGAUCAAGAGCAACCAAACAUAGUCAAUCAAACCCCAGAGGUACAAACUCAAGAACCUCAAGAACAAGUUCCUUUGUGA